UCAAAAAUGGCGAAUCGCACGGUGAAGGACGCUAAAUCUGUCAGGGGAACAAAUCCACAAUAUUUGAUAGAAAAAAUUAUAAGAUCGCGAAUUUACGAUUCUAAAUAUUGGAAGGAAGAAUGCUUCGCCCUAACAGCGGAACUGCUAGUCGACAAAGCUAUGGAACUGCGGUAUGUUGGCGGUGUGCAUGGGGGAUUCAUUUACCCCACACCUUUCCUGUGUUUAGUCUUGAAAAUGCUACAGAUCCAACCUGAAAAGGACAUUGUGGUUGAGUUUAUUAAAAACGAAGAGUUCAAGUAUGUUCGCGCUCUUGGGGCUUUUUAUAUGCGAUUAACAGGUUCGUCGGUAGAUUGUUAUAAAUAUUUGGAACCUCUGUACAACGACAAUAGGAAGUUACGGCGGCAAACUCGCGAGGGACAGUUUGAAAUUGUUCAUAUGGAUGAAUUCAUUGACGAACUGCUUCGGGAGGAGCGCCUGUGUGAUGUGAUAUUACCCAGAAUACAAAAACGAAAUAUCUUAGAAGAGAACAAUGAGCUAGAUCCAAAAGUUUCUGCUCUUGAUGAUGAUUUGGAUGAAGAAAUGCUUUCAGAUGAUGACAAUGCAGACGCUGAAGCCAAAGAAAAUAAAAAGGAUAAGGAUAGAAGAGACAAAGAUAGAAGACGAGAAAGGUCUAGGGAGCGGGAACGACGAGACAAAGACAGAAAGAGGGAGAGAUCAAGGAGUAGAGAGCGUGAUCGCCGACGCGAGCGCGAGAGAGAACGAGAGAGGGAAAGAGACAGGGAACGCGUGCGGGAAAGAGAUAGAGAGAAGGAGCGACGGGAGCGGUAUGAAGCUGAAAGAAGACGAGACAGGGGACGUUACUAGUUUUAACUUUAGAAAUAUAACUUAUA